GUGAGCUCCGGUGCGGGGAGACGUGGUGUCCGAGCCCCCGAGGGCCCGUCAGCAGGUGCGGUGUGAACGUGAGUGCCUCCAGAAGCUCGAAGCGCUCCUGGUCCUGCGGGAAUUGUCCUUCUGUCUUUGUACAAUAUUGUUGAUGGGACAAAGAAGUGGGCGUCAAGGAAGAAGCAAGAAAUUAGAGCUGACACUAAGUGAGACCAUGAAGGCAGAAGCGGAAGUACACAAUAAUGAAGAGGAAGCCAAAGACCAGAGGCUAACAUCAGUCUUUGGCGUGGCAGACUUAAAAAAUGGAGCUGUUGGACUGUACAACGUUGGACAGACCUGCUGUCUGAACUCUCUGCUCCAAGUGUUUCUCAUGAAUAUACGCUUCACUGGGAUACUUCGAAGGAUCACAGUGCCACCACGUGCUGUGCAGAAGAGGAGGAGUGUCCCAUACCAAAUGCUCCUGCUGUUGGAGGAGAUGCAGUGUGGCAAGCGGAAAGCUGUUUCUCCCAUAGACCUCGCUUACUGUCUUUCGGCGUACAGAGUGAACUUGUUUGUGCAGUAUGAUGCUGCCCAGCUCUUUCUGACUCUCUGGAACUUGAUAAAGAGGCAGAUGAAAAAGCCAGAGCUGGUUGAAGAGCUGAGUUACUUGUACACUAUCUGUGUACAGGAGCACCUGGCCUGUCAGAAAUGCUCUUCUGAAACAAAGAGGAACAGCAGCAUGUUAACCCUUCCACUCCCAGUGUUGGAUUCCAAUUCUCACAUGCUGAAGACUCUGGAGGACUGUCUGCAAUGCUUUUUCCGUCCAGAAGAGUUGACUGAUCACAACAUGUGUUUCUGUGAACAGUGUGGAAGGAAAACACCUUUUUUGCAGAGCAUGAAGCUAGUCCAUCUGCCACAGACUCUGACCAUACACCUAAAGCGCUUCUGCUUUGAAAAAUCAGCCUACGUUCACAAGCUUAGUCACUAUCUGCCGUUCCCACAAGACCUUGAUUUCAAUGCAAUCUUGACAGAAAAUCAGUGCCAAGCAGAUGACAAUGAAAAGGCUACCUGGCAGUAUGAGCUUUUUGCCGUUGUUGCUCAUUCAGGAUCAACUAGUUGUGGACACUACUGUGCCUAUAUUCGAAGUCUCACAGAAUGUAAAUGGUAUUGCUUCAACGAUUCUGAGGUUUGCCAGGUAUGGUGGGAUGAUGUUAAACACACCUAUGGACAUUGCAACCUCCACUGGGGAGAAACAGCCUAUCUCUUGAUUUACAUGAAAAAACAUCCUCAGUAGCCUUAACCAGGGAUAUCAGAAUGUCUCGGGAAGCUGUGCAUUGUCCAUGGAGCUCAGCACCUCUGUGCCAGUAUGGACGUGUACAAAUGUUCCACAAGAAAGAUAUUCUGCACUCAGUGACAACUGCCUUCGCAUUUAUUUGUGAUCAGCUAGAGAAAGGACCUAAGAAAGGACCUAAGAAAGAACCUAGAAACUUUUUCUUUCACACAUUUUUGAUAUUUAUGUGAUUCUGUAUAUUAAUUUCUUCUUAAAAGGUAGUAAAGUUAGUCCUAGUCUCUGUCGACUUACUGGUUCCUUUAAUGCUGAUGCCUAGGUUUCAGUACAGGGGAAGUGUUUGGCCUGAAAGCCUGCGUGAUGUUCCAGGGAGGCACACGGUAUGGCGGGAGAGCUGUGAUAGCCAUACCUAGCCAGGAAGACCGUAAGAGCUUGAGACUUACUCUGCCCUUUUAGCGCCAUGUUAGAUGCUGGCAGGCUGGGCAGGAGAACCCAAAAGUCUUGAGAAACAGCUGGAACAAGGACCAGAACCCUUACGACACAUGCACCAGUGAAGUUUACUCCUUAAAACCUUCCUGAAAAUGAAUCACUGCAGGGGUUGAGAUGUGUUUGAAAGUCAGUGUCAGCACAAAGAGGUGUUUUUAAAUCAGGAACUAUUGUAGUAGUUCUGAUUUACAAGAUGAGUUUGUAUAUAUUUAUGCAGAUGAUUAUUGUUUUAGUAUGCUUAUCAGGCAUUUAUACGCAUUUUCUUUCCUGUAUAGAGGAGAAUAUUCAGGGCAACAGAGAUUCUGAAGCUAGCUAGUGAUUUUGCACAAUACACUUGUGAUAAGAGGAGAAGUGAGAUGCCUUCAUGUGCUUGAACUGGAAUUUUCCUUUAGCACUCUUCAGCUGGUUGCCAGCUGGAAUUGUCUUGCUCUCUCCCUUCCUUCUCUGCCCAUGAAGUGGAAACGUCCCUCAAGCAGAAAGUGUUCUGGAGGGAACAAUUUUAUAAAGAAAGUGAGUAAUU